AUGUUACCACCUGCAAAUGCCGCUAUGCUUCAAAAGUCCCUUGAAUUAACGACGAAGCUGGUUGCCGCCAGUAGCAGCGCUGUGACCACGGUGACGAGCGAAGGUAGCCAGCUAGUUGCGGCUUACGGUCCACAAAUGCUGGAAAAGGCAUCCGGUAUAACUCACGUUGUUUAUCAGGGCGCUGGCGAGGCCACCGAGUGGGGAAUUGAGAACCCUCUUCUGGCUACAGCCGCCGUUGUUGGCAGUGCAGGCGUUCUUGUCAUUGCUGCCCCAGGCAUAGUAACUAUGCCGGCUCUUGCAGCCAUGGGAUUCACCUCUACGGGGGUUCAACUUGGUUCUGCCGCUGCUGUCGUUCAAGGAACUAUUGGAAAUGUCGCGGCUGGCAGCCUGUUUGCAGUGGCGCAGAGCGCUGGCGCAGGCGGCGCAGGCCUGGUAGCGAUUAACGGGGGUGUUCAAGCUGGGGGAGCGUUGGCUGCUGCCGGCGGAGGGCUUGCGUGGCUGAGGUCAAAGGUUAUGGGCUUGUCGUAG